CUCGCCCCACCACCCACACACCUCCAUCCCAUCCCCACGCCACACCCAAACACAUUCACCCAACGCUCACCUGGUAGAUCAUGACUUUGAAGUUGCGCCUCUUCAGCAGCUCGUUCUCGUUGCUCUCCAGCCUCUUGAUCUGACCUCCUUGCUUCUCCAGGUUGGCACGCACUGUCUUCACAUUGACGCUCACCUUGCGCACCUUCUCCAGCAUCUUGUUGACCGAGUUGGACGUGGUGCUGUGGCUCUUGGACAGUUUGGUGAGCUCGCCCUGGAUCCCCGUCACUGACCGCUCCAUGUCCUGCUGCCGAGCCUCCAGGCCACUCUGCGUCUGUUGGAUCUGGUCCACCGCCCCGAUGAUCUUGUCCAACAGAGCCAGGACCAUAACGCCGUUCACCUGGGCGCCCGCUUUAUCCUCUUCCUUUUCCUCCUGGUCGCCCUCGGACACGGCGAGCGCCGCCGACGAACGUUCCUUGGCGGCACCAAAGUCUUCGUCAUCCGACGGUGGCAGGUUGACUUCGUCGUCGGAGAUCUCGGUGAGGGCCUGCUGCCGCUCCUGCAGCUCCAAGUGCAGGCUGGAUGUUUCCACUUCCAUGACUUUCUUGAUUGUUUUCUGGAUGAAGACCUGAAAUUAAGCCAAAGGACUGUGCAUUCAAAGGAAUUAGACGCCGGAAAGAGAUGCUUUCUCAAUUGUUUUUUUCUACUUCACUCGAACCCCUUGGGUGUCAGUUUAGUAUUUGCUGCUUUCUGUCCCCUGACUCACACACUUCUCUGUCUGCCCUCUCCUUCUGUGGUCCCGUACACUUCUCUGUCUGCCCUGUCCUUCUGUGGUCCCGUACACUUCUCUCCUGUCUUUCUCUCAAACUCUCAAACUCUUUCUCUCAAACACACAAGCAGGCUAACUCUCUCUCUCUCUCUUCCCUAUGUUCCAAAUCUUUGGACAAAGUCCAAUCUACAGGGAAGAAGUCUGCUUUGGAAGUAACCGUAGGAGCGCUGGGAUGUGAAUGACACUCUUCCCGGAGAAACCCUUCCAGUCAAAGCAGAGCCAGCAGCUUUUUUCCUCUCCGGACCCCUUUUUCCAGGGACUCUCCCCUUUCCCCUCCUCUUCUCUCCCCUCCCUGGCCCCUCCUCUCUGUCCAUGAGACUCCACCUCAGCAUUGUGGGGAAACCCAGCCCCCACCUCCCAUAGACCCAGACGGCCCAUCCCUCUGGGCCCCAUCCCUCUCUCUCCAGCAUGGUUGGAAUAGUUAGAGUGGCGCUGUGCACUGGCCGUCACAUGCAAGCUCAGGCACAGCAACAGGAGGAACGUGAGGUGACUUUGAAUCCAUUUCAGGAGAAGAAGAGGUGCAAAGUAGUGGAGGCGAAACAGCAUGGAGGGUUACAGCAGUCGAUGAGCAACGCCGACUGCAACCGGAAAGAGUGUGAUAUCUGUGGCCGGCGCUUUCAUCCUGACCGUCUGGAGAAACACAGCCUGAUAUGUGCCAAGGUCGCCUCCGAGAGCAAAAGACGUGGGGUCUACGACUCCUUCAAGCACCGGUACAAGGGCACCAACCUGGACAGCUUCAUCAAGCGAUCUAUUGAUCCAUGAUUCAUGUGAUAUGGUGUGUUACCUAUCCUCCAAGGAUAUAGGCCAUUCUGACUAUGACAAAGUUUAAAACUCUUCCCCUACGAGAGAAACCUUUUUAUUUUCACUUCAAUAAAAAGUAUA